AUGACAUCUGACUCUCGGCAUACAGCCAAUUCACAAUUAGAGCAUUUACACGCUCGAUACACAGGCACCAUUCAUCCCGAUAUCACAAAACAUGAGUGGAUCACACAUCAACACAGAGACACAUCUGCAUCGAUAAUAGGACAUUCUCCUCUUCUUUCAUAUCUGGCAGUAGCAGACGGCGAAUCUCGAGCUAGGGUCAAGUUUGAAUUGUGUCAGAAAAUGCUACAGCCCUUUGGACCGCCACCAGCAGGAGAAGAAGGACAAUAG